CGGUAUGAGUUAUGCCUCGGCCUCUGGUAGAGUUUUUUGAAAUCCUUCAGGGCUCUACUGUCUCUAAGCAGAUUGUCCUGUCAGUUUAGUCCGAAUUUAGUUCCUGCAGGAAUUUCGUUACAAGCGAGAUAAUGUCAGCUAGGAUAAGGUGUACACCUUGCAUCAUAUAUAGGACCUUUCAAAUUUGACAAGUAGAGCUGUCACUAGAAGAAAGUCAAGUUCGAGAGCGCAAUGAUUCUCCUUUCGGAAGCCUCGAGGGUGUUGCAACAGAUUGAUUGAUAUUCAAGCUUGGAUUUGAAAUAUGGAUCAAGAUGUAGAAGAAGCGGCUGAGCUUGUUCGAAACCAGUGGGAAAAGACUUCCUCCGAUCUGAUAGAGAAGAUCCAAGCGGUGGAAACAUGUGGAUCUGUUGGGGGCCUUUCGGCCAAAGGCGCUUUGCCCCAGCUAAAUGCUGCCGUUCAAGAUCGUUUCACCACGUUGCAGUCCCUUCUUUUGCGCAUGGACCUGAUAUCCCAACAGCAUCCGAGCGAAGAUAUGGGCGAAGCUUGCGUCCAAAAGCUCGAUGAAUGGAAGAAACAACUGAAUGAACUCCGGUUGAGUCUCAGAAAUGCGAACAGGAAUGCAAAGUUGAAUAUCGAAAGAGCUGCCAAACGAGAAAGGGAGCUUUUAUUGUCAGGAGGGGAAGAAGCGACCACUCGGCGGCGUAUUCUCCAAACUCAAGCGGGGAUGGUCGCCGGAGCAGAGAGCAUUACAGAUGGACUGCGUCGAACUCGUCAGAUGAUGGUUCAGGAAGUAGAGAGGAGUGUGAACACCAUACAGACUCUAGAUCAAUCCAAUAUCACUUUGCGUGAUGCCAAGGAAGAAUAUUUUGGAGCUCGCUCAAUACUGAACAGUACCAGACGCCUGCUUUCUACAAUGAGCAGAUCAGAUCUUAUUGAUAGGGCCAUACUGGUGGUGGGCAUUGUUGUUUUUCUACUCGUCUGCAACUACAUCUUUCUCAAACGGUUGGGGAUCUGGAAAGCGCUACGAACUACGUCUCCUCCUAUCUACUCAACUCAUGUACCCAUAUACGAAACGACUCCCGUGGAAGUUCAUGUACCAAUCAAUGAUGAACUCUAAUACCAUGUCCGUAUGUCCCAUUCAUUAGCUUUUGCUCCUUUCGUCAUCUUGCGGAGGCUGUUAUACCUUUUAGGCCAAUAAGUAGGUUUCUCCUAAGUUACUCAUAUGCAUGGUUAAAUUGCUUAUAUUGUGGAUGGCGCACACACUUUUCGUUGGAGGUAAUGCUCUAUCUUCGUUGACUGUUUCCACCUGAAUCAUGUUCAGCCACUUGAGGAAUUAUCGUCCAAAGUUUUCUAUUUUCUACGAGCUGCGUUCUUUGUAGUUAGUAUCAAUUGCGAAGGUCCAUACUCUCAAAAGGUGAAUCAGAGAGGUAUAAUGUCUUCAUUGUAUUCCGAAUCUAGGAAUGAGAAUGUAGUCUCUUGUGUAGCUCCCGUACGCCUCUGAUAAAAGCAAAUAGGAUAAUUGUGGCGGUAUGGUCAUGUGAGGAAUUGUGGUUUGCCUUUGCGUGACGAGUUCCUUGUUUAUGGAUUUCGUUUCCAUUUCAGCUCACGCAGUACUUAUGCUCCCAUGAGAUAUCUACUAGGAAAGAUAGGAAGCUCUGUAGAAUAUAUACGGCUGACACCAUCUUGAACAUCAUGGCCGCCUGCCUAGCCGCACCUGGUACUGGACAAAUGCUGAAUAGACUGUUUGUUGAAGAUUUUACAUCAGGCAUCUUUCUGUCGGUAGGCAUCGCCUGACAUACCUUACCGGUAAACCUGCACAUGAACUUUGCGAGUUGGGAAGUUCAGUACAGUACUAUACAGUAAUAUAUGAAGUGUGGCCAAACUAACGGUGCCUGUCACAGAUGUUUACGAAUUGAAGUCCUGAUGAUACAGAUUUUUCACCAGCAAUCUGACAACUGUACUUUAAGUCCCGCAUCCGGGUGAAAUGCUGUACUGCGCGUUCUGUUCGGGCCAUCUUUGAAUUGGUACAUCAUUUAUCGACGUUGGGCUAUAAACAAGGAGACUCGGUUUCAUUUUAGUUUUCGCUUAACUUACCAUGGUACUUUGAGCGAAUGUAAGUAGAAUCAUGUGUUGAUCAGAUCGCGGAGAUUGGUUUUGCCUACAGUUCGCUGCUGUCACAACGUUACACAAGUAAAAUGCGAUUUGCACAUACAGUUGCACAAUCUU